AUGGAGCUUCUGUUUGCCGUGCCUAAGACAGUGCGUCAGCCAUUUGCAGUGAUCGUGGAAGCGAAUGUGGCUCAACUACUACAUCAAUCACCCAUCAACAAACAGGUAUCACCUCAAACGCGUCGUCGCUUUGUUGCUUGGCUUGCCGAACACGUGCUCAAACGACACCCAUCUAAGGUUCCUCGAGACCUACUUCGCGUCCAACUCCGUCACGUCAUUGCCGGCUACUUUGCCGAGACAGAUGACGUCUUAAGACUUGUAACCGUGCAGCCCACCCUUGACACUGAAAUACAACUUGAUGCCGAAAAACAGCAUGAGCUGGCGAUCAAAGAACUGGAGGAACUGGAGGCGACCUACAGCAUCAUAAUAUCACCCGAACACAAAUCUGCCAGCGCUUCAUCCUUCUGGACUGAUGCCACCGACGCAAAACCAGGAAAACUCAGCUUUUGGCAGACCUUAAAAAAUCACGUCCACGACACGCCCUCAUUAACCACCCAACCACCCAACUAG